AUCUAUAUCAGACGACUCUUCCAUCGUACACUUUAAAGUUUCUUGAAAUAUUGUUUUUUUUUUCUAAUAUUCUUUCCUUAAAAAAAAGUGGUCAUUAUUUUCUAAGAUUUCUAUUUCUGUUGAUAUUAUUAUUAAUAAUAUUAUUUGUCGCUAUCUGUAUUGUAAGACUCUUGUUUUUCUAAUUACAUUACAUCAUUAGCGCGAUGUUUUGUUUGGAGAUAUUCGAAUCUGGUCAAGUUCAAUUGAUUUAGGCUAUGAUUCAUAGUAUACCUAUGUUUAUUUUGUUAAUUUUAUAAAUUUAUCUUGCUAUAGUUUUCAUAAUAUUAUUUAUAAAUUCUAAGAAUAUGGAAUCUUCGCGAAGAAAUAAUUCUGAAGAACAACGGUGUAUAUUAGGACUCCAAGAUUUGAAAUUAUCAAACAAAGAUGAGGAUGGCACUGAGCAAGCGCACGGUGGUGCAAGUUCUAACUCGAGUACACUCGCCAAAAACCGCCCGGUCGGCGCAAUAGAGAGUUUUGUAUUGGACAACACCCAGAACAGUCGUCAAGAUUAUAGUUUUUACGAGAGAUCAAAUGUUAUAGCGGCAUCAAAAUUUGCGACCCCUAAACGAGUGGAAACAAUUGCAUCGAUAAAUAAACAUGAUAUAAAUACUGCAGCGUUGCCCGCUAGCCCUACGCGUUCUAUCGAUUCAUUAUCGCAAAGGUCACUGAGUUAUCAAACAGAAGACUUGUAUGAGAUUCCUGCAAAUCCAAACGCUCAAUAUCCGCCGCCAGUGUAUGAAAAUAUUGAUUAUUAUAGUGAUCAAAGGUCAACACAGGCAGCAUUUUAUCACCAAUUGUACCAGCACGGACAGGCGCCUACCGUUUCCGACGGGUACUACGAUACGCGUUAUAGCAAGGCCCAGCCCCAAGUACCUGUUAACGCCAAACCUAAAAUAACACCAUCUGUUUACGAAAAUAUGCUUUGUAGUGAUAGUAAUGAAAAGAAAAGUGAAUAUAAACCUACUCAGAUUCAAGACCAACAUUAUAUACAGCAAGGAUCUAUUCCUGGGCCACAGGUGGCCAACAGUAACUUAAACAAAACUGUGUCACAAAUGAAGAAUGAAAGAGUAGGAAAAAUAGACAAAGGUCCACCACCACCACCAUAUAGUUCAUCGCAGGAUAAUCCAAGUAGUGACUAUACAGUGAUGAAAUCAGCACCACCUAAAUACACUGAUGUUACUGCUCUUUUAAAGAGUAAUUCUACUGUCAGUUUUGACGACAAAGUUGUUACAAUUCCAUCCACAGCUAUUUAUGCUUCAAUUGCGCCGAGUGCUCAAAGACCUAAAGCCAACAUUGCUACUGAGGUCCAGACUGCUACAGCAAGCCCUAAAUUUUUCCACCACAAACCAAAUAUUGCAAAUACUCUUGGUAAAGAGAAACCUGCUUUAGCCAAUGGUGGAUAUACAGCAAAGCCAACUGUCGUUAAUAGAAUGCAGAUAGUUGAUGAUAUAAAUGGGUCAGAUUAUGUGUGUAUGACAGGAGGUCAGUCCCCUGCAGCUGUAGCAGCCAGUAAGGAUAAUGUAUCAAUAGCAUCAGAAUCUGUUGGCUCGCGAAACUUAGUGUCCGGGAUGACAUCUUUGUGUUCCCCAGCACAGUCACCAGCUCCAAGUCCUACUCCAAGUUCCGUUUCACAGUUAUCAGGUGGCUCUAGAGGUUCAGGGGGGAGAGGCAAAAGUUUAUUACCAUACAGCAUUACUCCACCACGUCCACCUGGACCCAGUGAAGCUCAGCGUAAAAUUGAAGAGUUAACUAGACAAUUAGAGGAGGAAAUGGAAAGACAAGAUGAAGAAGGUGAAUAUUUUGGUAUAUGUCACACAUGUGGCGCUGGUGUCACUGGUGCAGGGCAGGCAUGUCAGGCUAUGGGCAACCUGUAUCAUACCAAUUGCUUCAUUUGCUGCUCUUGCGGGCGGGCACUCCGUGGCAAGGCAUUCUAUAAUGUACAUGGCAAAGUGUAUUGUGAAGAGGAUUACUUGUAUUCAGGAUUUCAACAAACUGCAGAGAAGUGUGCAAUUUGUGGGCAUUUGAUAAUGGAAAUGAUCUUGCAAGCAAUGGGUAAAUCAUAUCACCCAGGCUGUUUCCGAUGCUGUGUCUGCAAUGAAUGUUUGGAUGGUGUGCCAUUUACUGUGGAUGUUGAUAACAAGAUUUACUGUGUUAAUGACUAUCAUCGCAUGUUUGCGCCUAAAUGUGCAAGUUGCGGAAAAGGUAUAACACCAGUUGAGGGAACAGAUGAGACAGUGAGAGUGGUGUCAAUGGACCGAGACUUCCACGUCGACUGCUACAUGUGUUGUGUGUGUGGUAUGCAACUGACUGACGAGCCUGACAAACGUUGCUAUCCAUUAGCCGGUCGGCUGAUGUGCCGUUCUUGCCACCUGUCCACCAUCGGAGCUACCUCAGGACCUGGCCAUCCACCUGCUCCGCAUCUGUCUCCGGCAUCCUAUCAGUACAUGGGUUAAUUGCUUGGUUUUACAAUUGCAGUUCUUCUUUUGUAAUGAAGCUUGCUCAAAGUUGGUUAUUAAUACAGUUAAAUAAUUUACUAAGAGGUUAAUUAUACUUGUAAUCUAUUUUAUCAUUGUUAAUAAAAUUGGAAUUAUGGAUAAGGAGCACACUCCAAAAUUUGGUUGAAACAUCCAAAUAUUUUAAGUCUUUUUCAUUAAUGACUAAUGUGAAAAAAGGCCUACUAAUAAUACGAUAUUCCUAUUAUAUUAGUGCUAAAUGACGAUAUGAAACCUAAUAAAAUUUGACAAAAAAGACACUAUAAGACUGGCUUUUUGUGACGUUUGUUUGUAUUUGUCCAUUAAAUAAAUGCCUUUAUGAUUUUCUGACCUGAAUGUGGUUGAAAAUCUACUAUAAAAAUAUUCUUUUUAAUUAUAAUGUCCUGCAACAAUAUUUUUAUUAGAAAUCAUCUUGGGUGUGGUCUAUUUUGGCAGCAAUUGACAAUAAUAAAAAAAUAAUGUAUUGGGCACUUGUUCUAUUUUGGUGCAACAAUUUUAAAAUAUAAGAUUUUUUUUGUAUGCAAUUUUGUGUAUUUUUUAAAUAUGGCUUUAUACGAUAAGUUAAUAUGGUCCAAAUAAAUGUAAAUUAUAAAAUUUUAGUUAAGAUCAAUCAAUGCCAGUGGGGUUACUCUUGAAAUAAAUUCCAAUAAAUCAAUAUUGAAAUUGUGACGUUGCAUACUUUUUAAUUGCAAUAUUAGCGACAUAAUAGUUCCAUACUGUUCAUCAUAAUAGAUGUAUGUUAGUGUAGCUUGUCAUUGCAAACUAUUGCAAACCGAUCCCAUUUAUAACCUAAUUCCUAACUGUUUCAUGAGUGCAGUAUAAAAUUGUCAUUGGCAAUAGAUUGGAUUGAAUAAAAGAUAAAGAUAUUGAUAUUAGAUUUAAGAGUAAACCUGCAGAUCAAAUUAUAUAAGGUUUACUGCAUUGUAACUUUGUGUGUCAAUUUAGGCCGUAAAUUUGGCUCUAUAGUGUCUAAUUUACUUUAGCAAUUCUAAAUUAAUAUAUUAUCAUUUAAAAUUUUAAUGAACCAAAAACAUUACAGAUUUCAUAUUCAAAAGGAAUAUAGUGGGAUGGAAUUUCAUAUUAAUAAUAAAUAUAUUUUGUGAUAUCAGUUAAGUGACAUAUUUCAGUUUCAUAUAUAUUAAUAUACGAGUACUAUCAUCAUAUAAGUUAAAAAGAUCGUCAUCUGAAUACCUAAAUAUACAAAUAUUGCAUACAUUAGAAUUCAACGACUGGCGGCUCAAAAGAUUGUUUCUAUAUUGACAGUACUUUUAAAAAAUUAUCAGUAUUUGUACAGAUUAUAAUAUAAUGUUGUUUUACAUUUAUAUUUGUAAAACAUUGUAGUGGUAAGUACAGACAGUUUAAAGAUAUUUUAAAUUAACAGAAAUAAGUAGCAUAUUAAAUAUCCCGUAAUUAAAUGAUAAGCUCCAUGUAGAAUUUGUAAGAGUUAAUAAAUAUUAUUUAAUUAGAAUAUAGACAUAUCUACUUGUAUAUUCAUACAAGUACAACUUGUGUUAUUAUACAAGUAGUUACAUAUACUACAACAUAGUAUGUUAAAUAAUAUUGAUUGUGACUUGAAGACAGUAGUAUAAUUUGCCUAAAAUUUUGUGAUAUCAUUAGAUUAAUUUCUUUGCUGCUUCAUUUGAAUGGGAUUUAGAGGAAUAUAAACAAGAUAAUGCCAGUUUCAAUAAUUUGCCAUAUAAUUCACCAUUUGUCUUUCUUAAAACAUGUUGUUAUAAAGUAAUUUACAUUUUUAAGAAUUCCUUAGGAUUUAUGAUAGAAUCUUGUUGUUACGGUACAAAAAAAGUUUAUCUUAAUGAUUGUUAUGGUCAUAAGAUAAAAUUUGGGAUGCAUUUACUAAUUAUACAUAAUAAUGGACACUGGACAUGGCAGCACACCUGGUAAUUAAACUAUGAUACUAUUGUGAUAUUCCAUCUGAUUUGAUAUUUAGUGUUAUUUAUUAGAAUUUUUUAUUAAUUGUAAUUGUCACAGAACUAAAGUUAGGUUCAAUGGAGCAACACCAAACAUUCCAGUUAUGUGCUGUCCUGUUGUGUACUUAAUGUAAUUAUUAUAUUAAGAUUUUUUAUAUCUGUAAAUUUUGAAUAUGUGAUUAUUUGUAUGUUUAGAUGCUUUAAAGACAAUUUUGUUAGGAAUAUUUUCUUUUUAUAAAUAUUUAAACAAUAAACUAUUCUAAAAAUUCUA